ACAUUGGCAUUGAUAUCUACUGUCUACCACUUCUCUGACUGAAUGCAAAGCCUCAACUCACAAUGGUACAACCAGGUUGACUAUGAAAAUGAAGUCUUCAAUACAUUCUGAAGAGGAUGAUUUUGUUCCAGAACUACAUAGAAAUGUUCACCCUCGAGAACGACCUGAUUGGGAAGAAACACUUAGUGCAAUGGCAAGGGGAGCUGAUGUUCCAGAGAUUCCUGGGGAUCUUACCCUGAAGUCAUGUGGCAGCACCGCGAGCAUGAAGGUUAAGCAUGUGAAAAAGUCUACCCCCCCAGGACUGAUGGGCUGUGACAACAUUCACAGGUUACCCUUCACGAAGGGACACUUUCCGAAGAUGGCUGAAUGUGCACAUUUCCAUUACGAAAAUGUUGAAUUUGGUAGCAUACAGCUUUCACUUUCAGAAGAACAGAAUGAAGUAACGAAAAAUGGCUGUGAAUCUAAAGAGUUGGUCUACCUCGUUCAGAUUGCCUGUCAGGGCAAAAGUUGGAUUGUUAAAAGAAGCUAUGAAGAUUUUCGGGUACUUGAUAAACAUCUUCAUCUCUGUAUUUAUGACCGACGAUUCUCCCAGCUCUCAGAGCUUCCCCGUUCUGACAUUCUGAAGGACAGUCCAGAGUCAGUCACGCAGAUGCUCAUGGCUUACCUGUCACGCCUUUCAGCUAUUGCUGGCAACAAGAUCAACUGUGGGCCUGCCCUUACCUGGAUGGAGAUUGACAAUAAGGGAAACCAUCUGCUAGUUCAUGAAGAGUCGUCCAUUAACACUCCUGCUGUUGGUGCUGCCCAUGUCAUUAAGAGGUACACUGCUCGGGCACCUGAUGAAUUGACCUUAGAGGUGGGAGACAUCGUUUCUGUCAUUGAUAUGCCCCCCAAAGUGUUAAGUACAUGGUGGAGAGGCAAGCAUGGAUUUCAGGUGGGACUCUUCCCUGGUCAUUGUGUCGAGUUAAUUAACCAGAAAGUUCCCCAGUCAGUGACCAACUCAGCGCCAAAACCAGUGUCUAAAAAGCACGGCAAGCUCAUUACUUUCUUACGAACAUUCAUGAAGUCACGUCCAACAAAGCAGAAGCUAAAGCAGAGAGGGAUCCUGAAAGAGAGAGUAUUUGGCUGUGAUCUCGGAGAGCACCUUCUUAAUUCUGGAUUUGAAGUUCCCCAGGUUCUACAAAGCUGCACAGCGUUCAUCGAGAGGUAUGGCAUUGUGGACGGAAUAUAUCGCCUCUCUGGAGUUGCCUCCAAUAUUCAGAGACUACGCCAUGAAUUUGACUCUGAGCAUGUCCCCGACCUGACAAAAGAACCUUAUGUUCAAGACAUCCAUUCCGUGGGUUCCCUCUGUAAGCUGUACUUCCGAGAACUCCCAAACCCUUUGCUCACCUACCAGCUGUAUGAGAAAUUUUCUGAUGCCGUUUCAGCAGCCACAGAUGAAGAAAGGCUGAUAAAAAUCCACGAUGUCAUCCAGCAGCUCCCACCACCACACUACAGAACACUGGAGUUCCUGAUGAGACACUUGUCUCUUCUAGCAGACUACUGUUCCAUCACAAAUAUGCAUGCAAAAAACCUGGCCAUCGUUUGGGCACCAAACCUGCUCAGAUCAAAACAGAUAGAGUCGGCCUGCUUCAGCGGGACAGCAGCGUUCAUGGAAGUGAGAAUCCAGUCUGUAGUGGUUGAGUUCAUUCUCAACCAUGUAGACGUGCUCUUCAGUGGCAAAAUCAGUGCAGUCAUGCAGGAAGGGGCAGCUUCUCUGGCAAGGCCCAAGUCCCUGCUGGUGUCUUCUCCAUCCACCAAGCUGCUGACAUUGGAAGAAGCCCAGGCACGAACACAAGGUCAGGUCAAUUCUCCAAUUGUGACUGAAAAUAAAUAUAUUGAAGUAGGAGAAGGACCUGCUGCACUUCAGGGGAAAUUUCAUACCAUAAUUGAGUUCCCGCUUGAAAGAAAGAGACCUCAGAAUAAGAUGAAAAAAUCUCCUGUGGGCAGCUGGCGUUCCUUUUUCAACCUGGGGAAAUCAUCAUCUGUAUCUAAACGGAAGUUGCAGCGUAAUGAGAGUGAGCCUUCAGAGAUGAAAGCCAUGGCUCUAAAAGGUGGCAGAGCAGAAGGAACCCUCCGCUCAGCUAAAAGUGAGGAGUCUCUUACUUCUCUCCAUGCAGUUGAUGGUGAUUCCAAGCUGUUUCGACCCAGACGACCUCGAUCCAGUAGUGAUGCACUGUCUGCCUCUUUCAAUGGAGAAAUGCUAGGGAACCGCUGUAAUUCCUACGAUAAUCUUCCCCAUGACAAUGAGAGUGAAGAGGAAGUGGGGCUGCUCCAUAUUCCAUCUCUUGUGUCUCCUCAUUCCACUGAGGAUGUUGACUUGAGCCCACCAGAUAUUGGAGUGGCCAGCCUGGAUUUUGAUCCAAUGUCAUUUCAAUGUAGUCCGCCUAAAGCUGAAUCAGACUGUCUGGAGAGUGGGGCUUCCUUUCUAGAUUCCUCAGGGUACUCACAGGAUAAAUUGUGUGCCAGUAAGAAAGAUGUAGAAGCAGGUGGUAGCCAGUGUCACACUCCAGGAAGCACUGCAAGUUCUGAACCUGUGUCUCCAGUUCAGGAGAAACUGAGUCCGUUCUUCACCCUGGACUUGAGCCCAACUGAAGACAAGUCAUCUAAACCAUCCUCAUUUACAGAAAAGGUUGUGUAUGCUUUCUCUCCAAAGAUAGGACGGAAAUUAAGCAAAUCACCUUCCAUGAACAUCUCUGAGCCCAUUUCGGUGACCCUCCCACCUCACGUUUCAGAAGUUAUUGGAACUGUUUCCAAUAAUGUCGCUGUGAAUGUAUCACCUCCAACCUGGGACAAAAGUAUGGAAGAAAGAGAUGUCACAAGUAGGUCCCCCACCCAGGUAGUAAAGCUGAAAGCAAAUGAGAGAGAGGCCCAAGAAGGAUGCGAGCCUGAAGUUCAGCCCCUGGAGCAGGCAGUUGCUGAAGAAGUAGAGUUGCCCGGGUCAGAGGAGCGGCCUGUCCCAAGCAGUCAGAGUAAGGCCGUAGCUCCUGGACAGACUCAGACAGGAGCAGUUACCCAUGACCCCCCUCAGGAUCCCGUUCCUGUCAGUUCAGUCUCUCUUAUCCCACCACCACCGCCACCGAAAAAUGUCGCCCGAAUGUUGGCAUUAGCUUUAGCUGAGUCUGCACAGCAAGCCUCAACUCAGUCAUUGAAGAGACCAGGGACUUCUCAGUCUGGGUAUACUAGUUAUGGAGACAUGAUGAUGGCUACAGCUGAAGAGAAACUACCUAGUUCCUACCCUAGCAUUGCUCUAGAUAAGACCUACUUCCAGACGGACCGACCAGCAGAGCAGUUCCACCUCCAGAACAGUGGACCUGGGAAUUGCAGCCAGCCUAUUCUAGAGACAGCAGCUACUGGAGAUCCCACCCAGUCCAAUAUGACUGAAUCUGGGGAGAAACAUCAGCAAGUAGACUUGCCAGAGUGUCAACCUCAUCAGAGUCCUCUAUCUGGGGACCCAGAAAAGGCUAGAAUCACUUCACCUCCCUUAACAGACUCAGAGAAGUCUGAUAAUCAUGGAAGCUUCCCUGAAGACCAGGAUGGGAAGACCAGCACACAUACAGUCUCCUUUGUGGAGCAGGACCAGUCUCCACUCCAUUUUUGUAGUGGAGAUCUUCACCCUUCCUACCUUGGUGUAAGUGUGGAUAAAUCCCAUCAACCCUCAGAACUUCCAGACAAAUCUCACAUGCCUUCUAAUUUGCCUAGGGAUAAAGUCUAUCCUCUUUCUGGGUCCCCUGAAGAGAAUACCAGCACAGCCACCAUGGCUUAUAUGACAGUAGCUCCAGCAGUGGCUGAAAUGAGCACCAGAGAUGCCAACUGGACCAUGACUGCACAGCCCACUGCUGCUGAUGUUGCAGCUGCCACCCUUCAGCGCAUGCACAGAACUAACCGUCCCCUUCCCCCACCUCCUCAGAGGCCAGCAGAGCAACCAGCAGCUGUGGGGCAAGUACAAGCAGCACCAAGUAUAGGAUUCAAUAACUCCCAUAAGGUUCAGGGAACAGUUCCAGCUCCAGAGAGGCCACCUGAACCUCAAACCAUAGGUGACCCAGCACCCAUUUUUGUCAGUGAUGGCAGUGCAGUUGCUCAGUGUCCCAUGGAGGCCUGUGCUGCCCAGCCAGGCCUCCCUGAGAAAGUACGGGAAGGUGCCAGGGCCCCAUUGCUCCACAUGCGUGCCGAGUCUUUUCCUGGCCACUCUUGUGGCUAUGUUGCCCCAGUACCCCCCACAAGGACAGUGGAGAGCAAGGUGGCUGCUGCCAUGCAUUCCAACAGUGCAGAUGUUACCAACAACUCAAACUAUCACUCCUUCAUCACUGCAUCAUCUGCCUCCAUGGAUGAUGUGCUGCCUCUGCCACUUCCAGUCCCACAGUCUAAGCAUGCUUCUCAGAAAAUAGCUUACUCCUCUUUUGCCCGGCCUGAUGUCACCACUGAGCCCUUCGGUCCAGAAAACUGUCUGCAUUUCAAUAUGACUCCAAACUGCCAGUUCCGUCCUCAGAGUGUACCUCCACAUCAAAAGUUGGAGCCACACCAAGUUUUUGCUGCCCGGUCAGAGCCACCAGCCUCCAUGGGUCCUCAUUAUAACACCUAUGUGGCCCCAGGAAGAAACAUGUCUGGACAUCACUCCAAGCCAUGCAGCCGGGUUGAGUAUGUCUCGUCUUUGAGCUCCUCGGUUAGGAACACUUGUUACCCUGAAGACAUUCCACCAUACCCCACCAUCCGGAGGGUGCAAUCCCUCCAUGUCCCCCCACCUUCUAUGAUCCGCUCUGUUCCUAUUUCACGGACAGAAGUUCCCCCAGAUGAUGAGCCAGCCUACUGCCCAAGACCCCUGUACCAGUAUAAGCCAUGUCAGUCCUCCCAGGUCCGCUCAGAUUAUCAUGUAACACAGCUUCAGCCUUACUUUGAGAAUGGACGGGUUCACUACCGCUAUAGCCCAUACUCCAGCUCCUCAAGUUCCUACUAUAGUCCUGACGGUGCUUUGUAUGACGUGGAUGCUUAUGGCACAGUCCAGUUGAGGCCACUCCACCGUCUGCCCAAUCGUGAUCUUUCUUUCUACAAUCCUAGGCUGCAAGGAAAGAACUUGUACAGUUAUGCUGGUUUGCCUCCACGUCCACGAGCCAACAUGACCAGCUAUUUCUCUGGUAAUGACCAUAAUGUAGUCAACCUGCCCCCAGCUGCUGAUAUGAAGCACACGUACACAUCAUGGGAUCUUGAGGACAUGGAAAAAUACCGCAUGCAGUCCAUCCGAAGAGAAAGCCGAGCACGACAGAAAGUGAAAGGGCCUGUGAUGUCACAGUAUGAUAACAUGACGCCAACUGUACAAGAUGACUUAGGAGGGAUCUAUGUUAUCCAUUUACGCAGUAAAUCAGAUCCUGGGAAAACUGGACUUCUCUCAGUGGCAGAGGGGAAGGAGGGGCGGCACCCAGCCAAGGGUGUCAGUCCUGAGGGAGAUGACCGCUUCUACAGGAAGUACCCAGAGCCAGAGUUCGAUAGAGCCCACCACCACGGAGGGUAUGGCAGCACACCAGUAGAAAAGCCAUCCCUCCCACAGAAGCAGAGCAGCCUUAGGAACAGAAAGUUUCAUGACAUGGGUUGUAGUCUCCCAGAACACAGGGCGCAUCAGGAAGCAAGCCAUAGGCAACUGUGUGAAACAAAAAAUGGACCACCUUACCCCCAGGGAGCUGGCCAGUUAGAUUAUGGGCCCAAAGGGGUACCAGAUGCUUCUGAACCAGGCAGCUACCAUAACUCUGGAGGGAAAUAUAUCAUAUCAGGACAGGAGACUCUAAGACUGAACCACAAGGAGAUGAGGAUCUCCAAAGAGCUGGAGCGGCCACGAGCCAAGCAGCCACCUGCCCCUGAGAAACACUCCAGAGACUGCUACAAGGAGGAAGAACACCUCCCUCAGUCCAUGGUCCCACCCCCUAAACCUGAGAGGAGUCACAGUCUAAAACUCCAUCACACCCAGAACCUAGAGAGGGACCCCAGCAUGCUCUACCAGUACCAGACCCACGGCAAACGUCAGAGCAAUAUGACUGCUGUGUCCCAGUAUGACAACCUAGAGGAUUACCACUCGCUUCCCCAGCACCAGCGAGGGGGCUUUGGAGGGGGGGGAAUGGGGGCUUAUGUACCCUCUGGCUUUGUCCAUCCACAAAGCAGGACAUAUGCCACAGCAUUGGGUCAGGGGGCAUUCCUGCCCACAGAGUUGGCAUUGCCGCAUCCUGAUACACAGAUCCAUGCAGAAUGAGCCCUAGGAGCAAUAGAGUUGAAGCAGCCUCUGCUGGACAGUGGACUGUUCUAUUUUUUUUUUCAAUAACCAAAAAGAUUUAAAAAAAAAUCCCUGACCACAUUAAAGAACCCUAGUAAAAGUAAACAAAUCACCAUCAUACCCCCUUCCCUACUUCAUUACCACAUCUUCCAUUUAUAGACUGUGUCAUUUUUUGUCUUUAAAAAGAGAUCUGAAUGAUUGUAAAGCUCUGUGUUGAAAACCUAGUAAAGAAAUUUGUCACAGUCCCUACUUGCCAUAUAGGGCUAAUUUGUAAGAGCCUGAGAACUGCCUUUAACUGAUUGAAUUUAACUUUGUCUUCUUCUUAGCACUUGCUACCUAGUUCAGAGCAGUUUGCAUCUAUUUCCUGGUGGGCUUCAGCAUUUCCUGUUGUAUUUCUACUUCCCCAUCAGGGGCCAUUCAGUUUGCCCUGUCUAAGAAGAGGCUUGGAGGUUAAGUUAGCAUGGAGAAAAACUCCUUGGUCCUUCAGAUAAGUCAUGUAGACUGUUAACAACAAUAUGGUUAAAAAGUAAGAGUUAGGAUUAAACAUUUCCUGAAGAAUCAUGUAAAAUGACAGACUCAGGCUUGGCUUAACCCUGUUCUUUACAUUCUUGUAUCUAUACUUGUUCACAGAGGUCAUUGUGCAAGCUUAUAUCACUACAGAAGAGCUGAUUUUUUAUUUGUAGGUUAAAAUUUAAGGAAAUUUCUUAGAUGGAAGAAAAUGCAAUUCUUAUUGUCAGUGAACUCAUUAACAGUAAGCAGAACAUCACAACAUGCUAUUAAUGUGCUGCCUGUCUGCUGAUCUCCCCAGCAAUGCUCACUAAAUUGUAGUUCUAGUAAAACACCCUGUUUGUUCUUCUAAAUCAGCAACUUUUUUCAUUAAGAACAGAUUAGCAUGGUUUGAUUGGAUGAAUACAAUUUCUUACGAAUAUAAACUUAGCUGUUAAUUUCUGUUUCUAAACAGAGAACCCCUGAGUACACAGUCCCUUCCCACCAGCUGGCACUCUGAAGAGUCAUGUGGUGUUGACUUAAACUGUACUUGUGUGAUCACAGUCUUACUGUACUUUCCAUCUAUACCAGCAUUUUAGGAUUAUAACUCUGCAAACAUGUUAAACAUGUUGAUUACUCCAGACUUUCUUUUGAAAGUUGCAUUCCUUAUUAGAAUAGGAACAGCUUUACUCUAUUUUCUCAGCCCACCACACCAUAGAUGAGCCAUACUAGCAAGGCAGUCCUAUACUUUAAAUGAGCUAGAUUGACAUUUCAUUCCAUAACUUAUGAUGCUACUUGAGGUUUGUCCACUCACGUAUUUUAAGUAGUGCAUGGAAGAUGCAGGAGACUUCAUUCCAUUUAUUGGUUGGUGGCUGCUCUGGCAUCUCAAGACUUAGAAUUGUCUUACUGAGAACAAAGGAGGAUAUCUUUUAAGAAGCUAACAUCAUGCUGCUAUUAUUGUUGUGAAAUUGUAUAAAGAUUAGGGUUCAGGAUGGUCUUUUUUAAUUUUAAAAAGUUAUGAUUGCAUUUAAGGGUUUAUAUUUAGAAAAAGAAGUAAAAAGUUUUAAGAACACAUUUGUAUGUGGAGAUAAGUCUAUAAGGUUUUAUUGUGUUCCUCAGAGUUAACCAGAGGGCUACAGUGAAGUCCAGAGUAGAAAUCUAGAAACACCAACAUGUCCAAAGGUAUGUGGAAACUUAGGCAUCUGCAUUAAAAGUAAAGACCCACCUGAUAGCAUAGUCACCGGAAACCUGUUGGACUACUUCCAUCUAGCACCACAUGCACAUGUGGGAGUUUGAUCUUUAGUGAAUGCAGCACUAAUAUUUGUAUUUGCUUUACCCUAAUCAUGUUGUCAAGUAGGCAAUCCAUUGCCUCUUGGAGAUCAUACCAACCCUGAAAGUUCUUACUUGCAGCAGUGAGGGAGGAAGAGAGGCUUGUGUAACACAGAGGCACGUGGUUUCAGUAAUUGUGUGCCUGGACAGAAGUGGUGGAAGAGCCAGGACAGUUUUAACAUUUGUGGAUUUAUGAUCACAUAUACACAUUGUUUACUCCUGAAACUGAAGUCUCUUUUAUAAAUACUAAGGCUAAUCCCUUAGAACUAAUUUCUUUAUUAAUAACAUCCUAUGGGCUUGGGAAUGCCAGGUAAAUAUUUUGAAUAUAGAAUACUGAUUCAAGUUACUGGUAUAAGUAUGAAAACAAAUGUUAGAUAAAGUCUAGAGUUACUUAAUGUACCUAGCAACAGCCUUAACUUUGGAUUCAGUUAUUUGAAAAGCUUUACCCACAUCUUUCCCUAAUAUUGUGGGUUUGAAAUUAGAUGGCAAAUCACUGUGAGCCAGGUUACCUCAGCACCAUCCACCUUGUGAGUGGCUUCUUCAACGUAGUAACUGGAAGUAUUGACAUUAGGAUUAAGGAAAUGCAGCUGCCUUAUGCAUUAAUCCUAUAAUUUGAUUCUAUUGAUACAUUCAUAGCCAUGUCUCCAGAUUUUCUCUUGGCAAAAUUCUGAUUCCAUAGUUUGGUUACAUUAAAAUAGGUACUCCCUGGAGUGCAGGCUAGAGACCUUGCCAAAGGCUCCUACAUGCCACAGUCUUAUAAGUUUAAUCUGAGCCUAUUUCUUACUGGAUUCAAUUUCUUUUUAAACAUGCAUUCGUAUACUUUAAAUGUUCAGUUUGAAGAAGUCCCUAGGAUAGUCCCAUGGGUAGGGCCUGCACAUUUCUUACAGUGCUAAAACAUUUUUUUAAAAAAAUGUAGGAUCAGGUUUAAAAAUCCCAGGAUUAAUUCUGUGCAAAGGAG